AUGGGGAACUUAGCCCAUUCUGCUGGUGCUAGGGCUUCCCGAUUAGAGGUUGUUGAACCUUGGAUAAUUAAGAGUGAUAUCCUAACUGCUCUUACACCCCUCCGAGCAUCUAUUGACACUCUCACUACGAGAGUAGAGACUUGUGAGAGUCGACUAUGGGCCACUUCAGAGGUGACGGCUUUGAAAGCCGAGGUUACAAAUUUGAGGAAGGAUGUGGACUACUUGAAGUCCACUGACUUCACUUCACUAUUGGAGGCAGUAGAUGAUAUCGAUGCUCCAGCUACUUCUGAUAUUCCUCCGACUACCACCGGAGAUAUACCUAUGGAGGAUGUGGCAGCUGCUGCAUCGGAGGCGAAGACUGAUGAGGAGCAGCUUGGGGAGCGAGAUGCUACCGUAUAUAAUGAUCUCGCCGACCUUGAGGAUGUGAUGUUUGAGCCUGCCCGCCAGACCUCCUAG